AUGAGCGACCACGACGAUACGGAUCUCGCCGGUGAGUGCCAACGCACCAUGCGACUCCUGGAGAUGCAGCGUCGCACGCAUUACGACCUCGUGCAGGAGAACGGCCAGCGACGGUUGACGGCACCGGAAAUAGCGCGGGGUGAACGGCAACGUGGCAAGGGCGCGGAGGUGUUCCUGGGCCGUUUGCCGCGCGACUGCUACGAGGACGAGCUGAUGCCGUUGCUGGAGCAGGUGGGCCGGCUCCUGGAGUUGCGACUGAUGCUCGAUUUUUCCGGGUCAACGCGCGGCUACGCAUUCGCGUUGUUCGAGGACCCGCGGGUUGCCCGGGUAGCGUGCGAGAGUCUCGACGGCUACGAGAUCCGGCCGGGCCAUCGCAUCGGCGUGGUCAAGUCCAUGGACAACUGCCGGCUCUUCUUCGGCGGCGUACCCAAGACUAAGACCAAGCUCGAAUUCAUGGAGGAGCUGACCAAGAUACUGGACGGCAUCACGGACGUCUACGUUUACCCGAGUGCUCAGGAUCGCAAUCUAAAUCGCGGUUUCAUCUUCGUCGAAUUCAAAGAUCAUCGGGCAGCCGCGAUGGCCAGGCGCAAGCUUAUACCCGGCAAAGUGAUGUUGUGGGAUCACGAGAUCGCGGUGGAUUGGGCGGAUCCGGAGCCGGGCGAUCCGAUCGAUGAAGACAUCAUGGAAACGGUAACGGCUCUGUUCGUAAGGAACCUCGCCCUUGAUAUGUCGCAACAAAAGGUGAGAGAGAUUCUCUACAGGUACACGAAUGUACCCAUAUUGAAGCUAAAGAAGAUCAAUCACUUCGCUUUUGUUCACUAUGAGAAUCGCGAAGCCGCAAAGACUGUAAUGGACAUAAUGGAAAAACCUGAUAGCAUCGUUGAAAAGCAGGGUUGGGAAAUCCGUUGGGCGAAACCUAUUGGAGCGUCCAAGAUCCUGGAAAGAGCACGAUAUAUUCGCGAGGCGGUAACCAACUCGAGAGUCCAAAAAACCGAAAAGCCGCAUUCAAAAGAACGAAAGAAGCGCCCCAGCAAAACGCUCAUGAAAACACACGAAGAUAAGAGCGUAUACCUGGCACAGAUGAAGACCCUGCAAAGCUUCGUCAAGGACAGAUUCGAUGCUACGUGCAUCUUUGACUGCAUACAAAUACUGGAUGCUUCUGAAUAUAUUGGCAGAAUAAUUGUUCGUAAAGAUGAGUUAAUAAUGUGCGAAUUUCAAGGGGAGCCAGUGGCAUCGAAACAUAAAGCUAUGAGCGAGGCAUCUAUUAAAGUGUACCAAUAUUUGACCAGUAUGUUCCCGAAUAAUGCGCCGCAGUUAUUCGAACAACAUUAUAUUGUAUCAGGAAUGGACAUUAACCCUGUGAUUGGUACGCCGAUUGUUUGGCAUUCAGUUCAAAAUUAGAUUAGUUACUAUUACUUUGUUUUCAGUUUUACUUUUUAAUUGUUAUAUACACACGUGAAAGCUACUGACGCAUUGCAAAAAGAGGUC